GCGCUGUUCGUAGUAAUGGCGGCGUGUGCGAUGUUGCGGUAGGAAGAGAGAAGAAGGAAAAAUGGCUUGGGGAGUGAAACAGACGGUUAUUUUAGUAGGUGUAGGCGUUAGCGUGUCGGUGUGGGCCGCUGUAUUGUAUGUUUUAUUAAAGUCGAAGGAGAAAGAACAGUUGGAAGUGCCAAAAUCGAAGGUGGAAACGUCGAGGCAGACGAUAAUCAGGACGAAGAUACCCAACUGCGCGGUUGGCUCCGUUAUUGGUCGACAGGGAUGCAAUAUUAAGGAUAUUCAAACCAGGACGAAUACAAGAAUCAAUUUCGAGGAUGCAGAUGAUAAUGAAGAAAGAACAGUCGUCAUCCGCGGUGCACCUGAAGAUGCACAACUGGCAGAAAACAUCAUUAAUAAAUUAGUAGUGGAACAGCCAGAGAUUUUCACAGAACAGAUAUAUGUUCCUUCCAGAUCUUGUGGCCGAAUCAUAGGAAAGAAUGGAGAGAGCAUAAAAUACAUAUCAAAAACGUCUAAGGCAAAAGUUUCGGUAGAUUCCAGCAGCGAAUUCAAGAAAGUCGACGGCCAGACUAGAAUCGUUCUACGGGGAACAAGGGAACAGAUAGACAUAGCCAUUGGCCUGAUUGAUGAGAAACUCGCCGAAGACGAGGCCCUGAGGCGUCAGGUGGAGUUGGUCUCUGCCAAUCGGCCGACACGAUACAAAGGAAAAUUGUGCCUCGAGAAUACAACACAGCAAGGAGCAGAAUCUGACAGGCUUCAGGAGUCUCUAAUGCCAACUGGAUCCGAUGGCUUUUUAGAAGUUUUUGUUUCGGCUGUCGAGUCGCCUUCUCAGUUUUGGGUGCAGCUGGUGGGUACCAAGUCAAUACAGUUAGAUAGAAUGGUGGAAGACAUGACAAGCUUCUAUGGACAACUAGCAAAUCAGGAAUUGACCAAACUGUCAUCUGUCUCGGCGGGAGAUCUUGUGGCGGCUCCUUUCCCGCACGACAAUCUUUGGUAUAGGGCAAAGGUUACCGAUGUCGCGGAAGAUGACUAUUCUCUGGGAGAGAGUAAAGUGACAGUAUUCUAUGUCGACUUUGGUGAUGAUGGAACUCUCACGCUAAAGCAGCUAUUUGCACUUCGUCCCGAAUUUCUGGUGGUGCCAUUUCAGGCCAUCGAAUGCCGUCUGGGAAAUGUGGCACCUCGGGACAAAGAGUGGACGAAAGAGGCCAUCGAGUGCUUCGAACGGUUGGCUUAUAAUGCCCAGUGGAAGCCAAUAAUGGCCAAACCCAUAAACUACAUUGUCAAAGACACUGAUGCAAAAGCUAGCAUCGCAUGUGUUAUGUUAAUAGACACCAAUUCUGAAACAGACAUUAAUGUCGCGGAGGAACUAAUUAGAAGAGAGUACGGAGUCAGUGUCUCUGAAGAAAAGCCAAAGUAAGCUUUCUUUUGCUCUUGCACAUCAUCUUAGUCAUCACCUGUUAGAGAAGCCAAGAUUAUGUAAGAAAUAUGUUAACAAUAAAAUAAAACUCACGUGGAA